GAGGGAGGGGAGAGGGAGAGAGAGAGUGAUGAAGAAGAAGUGGAGGUGAAAAAUGAAGACAGUGGCAUCAAUGGGUCUUCCGGCUUGCACUGUAUUUCCAUCAACUUCGAAGUUCCGGGUUAAGCAUUUCCAAGGCCAACCUUGUCAACUACAAAGGUCCUUGAGAUUACGUGCACGUCGCCAAACCUCCCCAACAUGUUCUAUGAAAGCAUCAAUGGCAGAGUUCGGUGAACCAAAGAAGGUCAAUAUGCAGAUUAGUAUUUUGAGGGAAAAGUUAUGGGAAGCCAUCCCUGACUCAGUUAAAGAAAUUCCAUGGAAGAAAGCAGAGAAAACACUGAUGGAGCGGUUACUUUUUCUGGGACAGAAGGCAUUAAAGUGGACUCUUAUUGUUCUAUUUGUUUUUAGCUCCUUAUCAGAUGUCAUAUUUUCCAUCUCGAGCAACCAAGAGUUGAUGAUUCCACUUGGUCUCUUUGUUGGCUGCUUGAUGACUGAUUUCUUGAAAGAGAUAUCACAUGAACUGUUUCGCAACUCUGAGGAGAAACGUUUGAGCUGGCAAUUUAUGGGCAUCGGUUGCUUCUUUGUUCUUAUUAAGUUUCUCUCUGCAAAUUUCUUGAUACGAUCAAGGGUGUUUCUUUUACAUUGUGCAAACGGUGGGUUGAUGCAACUUUUGUGGCUGUGGAGAAGCUUACCAGAAGAGAGGUAAAAUCAACAGAGAGAAUUACUUAAACGGACAAAGAUCUUCACUAGCUGGGGAUGGCUGUAUUUAAUUAAGGAAUUAUUUCUGCACAUCCAAGAGCUUUAAUCAGAUGCUCACAGAACAAGAUGUUUGGGGCCUAGUUCUUGUAUCAGUCUCCUGUACCAAGUUUUGAAAUUAUCUAGUAUACUAUUUUUGCCUUGAGAAGUGGCUUAGACAA